AUGGAGGAUUCGAACAACAACAAUGGAGAGGCGCUGGCUAUGGCGCGGAAGAGCACCAAGAGAACUAAGAAUGGGGAGGAAAUCCCCACUGAGAUACGCAUGCAGGAGGCCGUAAAGGAGUAUCAAUCUGGAGCUUCGAUCAAAACAAAUCUAAGGUCGUUUGCUGAGGUUACGGGGGCGGAGAAUGGUGUAGCUGGAGAUUCACUUCCAUGGCUUGUUGAGGAAGAUGACCCCGAUCUGGAACCUCUGGACCCUAAAUUGGGUGUUAUUUCAGAGUGGGGUUUUCAAACGAUCAUUAGGGAGGAUGGAUCCGUAGAGAUAAGGAGUAACAGUGAAGCCAUAGAAAUGAUGAGACAACGUUGGAAGAACGCGCUGAUUGUCAAACUGCUAGGCAAAAGGAUUGGAGUGGGCUUCAUGAAGAAGAUGCUGGAAUUGAUGUGGGCCAAGGCAGGGAGCAUCACUGUCGCUGAUUUGGGGAACGAAUUCUUUUCACUGAGAUUCAAUUGCUUAGAAGACCUCAAUCUGGCCAUUACGGGAGGACCCUGGGUAAUUCUCGGCCACUAUUUAGCAAUUCUCAAGUGGGAGCCAUGUUUUGAUCCGGACAAGGCCAACAUCCACAAGGUGGCAGCCUGGGUCCGUCUUCCAGGCAUACCCCAAGAAUAUUGUGAGUUUCCCUUCCUUAAUCAGUUGGGGAAUGUGAUUGGAAAAGUACUCAAAAUCGAUAGAACCACCUCCACUGGGGACAGGGCUCGGUUUGCUAGGGUUUGUAUUGAGAUUGAUCUAGCUAAACCUUUGAGGGGCUCUUAUAUUCUUGAUGGGCGUAGGAAGAGGGUGGAAUACGAGGGCUUGUUCUUGAUUUGCCUCAAGUGUGGCAAGUAUGGACACAAUUCAGAGGCUUGUCCUGACUACGUGAAGACCACAAAUCCGGUCAAACCCAAUGCGGCUCCUGAGCAACCUGUGGAAGUCCCUUGCAAUCUUGGGGUUGGGCCAUGGAUGGUGGUCCAGCAUAGGAAAAAGAAUCAACAACAAGCUCAGAAGAAGGAAUCAAUCAAUGACAGGAGUUUUGGUGAAGAUAUCUCGAAUAAGAAAAAUGUGAAGGGUGCUGGUAGUAUUCCCAAAGUAGAGAAGAGUCAACAGGAAGUCAUUUCUGGAAUUAUUCCAGGAUCAGCCCCUUCAAUGACUAAUGAGAGCAAGGAGAAUGAGGAGUCUCUUAAUUCAGUUCAGUCCCAUGCUACAGGGAUGAAUUUUGCAGUAGUAGUUAGUGAGUAA